AUGAAGGGUUACGCAAUCUUAUCGCUCCUCCCACUGCUGGCGGCAGGCUCGCCAAUCCUAGUCGACACCAUCCAUAACGAUGCUGCUCCUGUCAUCUCCUCUUCUAAUGCAAAGGAGAUUCCUGACUCGUACAUGGUCAUCUUCAAGAAGCACGUUAGCGAGCGGGAUGCUACCGCCCAUCACUCCUGGGUCCAAGAGGCCCAUGUGUCACACGAGUCUCGCAAGCUCGAGCUCCGGAAACGCAGCCAAGUUCCCAUGUCAGACGAGACCAUCUUUGAGGGAUUGAGACACACAUACAACAUUCCUGGCGGCCUUUUGGGCUAUGCUGGUCAUUUCGAUGAGGGCGUCAUCGAGUUGGUCCGAAGGCACCCGGAUGUCGAAUACAUCGAACGUGACUCCGAGGUCCGAACCAUGAACCACACUCCCUCGCUUGAGAAGAACGCUCCUUGGGGCCUUGCCCGUAUCUCCCACCGUGAAGCCUUGGGCUUUGGGAAUUUUAACAAAUACCUCUACUCCGCAGAUGUUGGUGAAGGUGUCGACGCCUACGUCAUUGACACUGGAACCAACAUCGAGCACGUCGACUUCGAGGGCCGCGCCAGCUGGGGCAAGACAAUCCCGAUUGGUGAUGAAGAUGUGGAUGGUAAUGGACAUGGUACACACUGCUCUGGCACAAUCGCAGGCAAGAAAUUCGGUGUCGCAAAGAAAGCCAACAUCUACGCCGUCAAGGUCCUCAAGUCCAACGGCUCCGGCACCAUGUCAGAUGUUGUCAAAGGCGUCGAAUGGGCUGCAAAUUCUCAUGCCGAAGCUGUGAGCGCCGCGAAGAAGGGAAAGAAGAAGGGAUUCAAGGGCAGCGUUGCCAAUAUGAGCUUGGGUGGUGGCAAGUCCAGAGUCCUGGAUCUUGCUGUCAACGCAGCCGUGGAUGCCGGUCUUCACUUUGCUGUCGCUGCCGGAAACGACAAUGCCGACUCUUGCAACUAUUCCCCCGCUGCCGCUGAGAAGGCCAUCACUGUCGGUGCCUCCACCUUGGCCGAUGAACGUGCUUACUUCUCCAACUACGGCACCUGCAACGAUAUCUUUGCUCCUGGUCUCAACAUUCUCUCCACCUGGAUUGGCAGCAAGUACGCCACCAACAUCAUCUCUGGUACUUCGAUGGCCUCACCUCACAUCUGCGGUCUCCUCGCCUACUUCCUGUCUCUUCAACCAUCCAGUGACUCCGCCUACGCCGUGGCCGAAAUCACCCCGAAGCAGAUGAAGGCGAACAUGAUCUCCAUCGCUACUGAGGGCGCCCUCUCCAAUGUCCCAGCUGACACUGCCAAUAUCCUCGCCUGGAAUGGUGGUGGCAAGUCCAACUACUCGGAAAUCAUCGGUGAUGGUGGCUACACCUUCAGCCAGUUCAAUGCAGAGUCCUAUCUCUCCGAGAAGGCGUCCGAGCUCAAGGUCGAGUUGAAGCAAAUCGCCGCCGAACUCGAGGCUCUGAUUGAGAAGUCUUAA